UCCUGCGCCUGGCUGGAUGAGUGUGCUGUGCUCGCUGGCCUGCGGACAGGCUGGAGGGGACGAGGCUGCUUUCGGCAGGGCAUGAGGACAGGAUGGGGAGACAGCUAGAGGAGCAGCAUUUGUCCAGUGAGUUGAAGCUCCAGUGACCCAAGGAAAGACUCGUCUAGUAGGUAACGUCUGACUCUGCCUGCUGCCUGCGCACUGAGACGUGGGGGUGACACGCCAGGGCACAGCAGCCCCACCCCACGCGGGGCAGGGCACUGGUGGGAUCUGGGGGCACUGCAGUUCCCAGCCUCCCUGAUCGCUCCCUGGUGCCCCGAGGAGACAGCGCUGCCUGCGGUGCGGGGCUGCCUGCCUGGCCAGGUAAGAGGUGGCUGCGACUAACUUGAGGCUUGUGCUACUUUGUGGAUAAUGCCUCCUGCUUCUCCACUCAGGCUCCUCCAUCCCGGCCCAGAGGCGUCUAGUGCCGCUUGCUGCUCAGUGCCGAAGGGGAAACCUGGCAGGUGCCUGGGCACAGGCCUCCGAAGGGUUAAGAGACUGAGUCCCUGCUCCAAGGGUUGGAGUGAGAAUUAGUCUGCAGAGGUACACGUACAGCAGUUCAGCUGCUGCUGCUGCUUGUCCAGGCGGCUGCUGCUGCAGUUUGGUGUCUGUGAAGAGCAGCUCUGCUUGCAGAAGAUGCUCGCUUGGUAUGUCCGAAGCCCUGUGCGUGGCAGCAGAGCCCUGGCCACGCGAGCUGUCGCUGUCUGAGGGGAUUAGUCACCUGCCCACUCCAGCUUCUUAGCAAGGGAACAGAGGGAUCCAGACUGAGGCCUUCAGCAAACAAAUCCUGCUGUCACCCCAACGCGCUCCUCUUUGGAAUGUCACCCUGGCGAUAUUUUAAUUCAUCACGUCAUAUGGAAUCCCACUGCAACCCACGCACAGACCAAGAGUGCCACCGAAGAGAUGCUGUUGAAGAUUCUGCUUGGCCUUUGCCUAAACAAUUGUGCCCCGUAUGGAUUUCCCUAGAUGUGCUCUUUUCAACUGCAUCUAUCAUGCAUCUCUGUGCCAUCUCUCUUGAUCGGUAUGUAGCAAUACGCAAUCCCAUUGAGCACAGCCGCUUCAAUUCCCGCACCAAGGCUAUUAUGAAAAUUGCUGCAGUUUGGACCAUAUCGAUCGGGAUAUCCAUGCCCAUUCCAGUCAUAGGAUUGCAGGAUGACUCCAGGGUGUUUGUGAAUGGGAGCUGCAUUCUGAAUGAUGAAAACUUUGUCCUUUUUGGGUCCUUCGUGGCAUUCUUUAUCCCGCUCAUCAUCAUGGUGAUCUCAUACUGCCUGACUGUCCAGGUGCUGCAGAAGCAAGCAACGGUGUUCAUGUACGGCGAGGUGCCCAAGCAGCGAAGGAGCAGCAUGAACUGCCUCAAAAAAGAAAACAACACAGAGAACAUCUCGAUGCUCCAGAACCACGAGGCAGCCUCCCACUUGAACUCUCCCGUAAAUAAGGAAGCUGUGCUCUUUCGGAAAGGGACCAUGCAGUCUAUCAACAACGAGCGCAGAGCCUCCAAGGUCCUGGGCAUUGUCUUCUUUUUGUUUCUUAUCCUGUGGUGUCCAUUUUUCAUCACUAACAUCAUGUCCGUUCUUUGCAAGGAAGCCUGUGAUAGGAGCCUCCUGGGCGAACUCAUGGACGUGUUUGUUUGGGUUGGUUACAUUUGUUCUGGGAUUAACCCCCUGGUGUACACACUCUUCAAUAAAACCUAUCGCAGGGCUUUUGCCAACUAUAUCUGCUGCCAGUACAAACCCAGUAAAAAAUCAGCAUUGCAACAAAACCAGUGUCUGAAUGUCGCUUCCACAGCUUCGUACGGGAAAGACCUUGCUGUAAAUAGCUACCGAAAUGGCAAUGAACUCAACAGCGUGGAGCUGGAUGAAACUGAGGAGGGCUUAGAAAUGCAACCGGGGACUUCAGAGCUGUCGAUAAACAGCUGCAAUGUUGUAAGCGAAAGGGUGAGCUGUGUGUAAUCGAGUCUCACCCGAGGUUCUGCAGCUGAAAUAUACCUGUGUAAAAAUGUGCGUGUCAAAGAACAAUGUAAAUACUGCAUCCUGAACAAAGCUUUUUUAAAAAAAUUCAGCUUUCCAGCCCAGUGCUUUAAAUCGUACAUACACUGAGGGGAGGUUUAAAGUUCUAUAUUUACUGUUCCUACUAGAUCAAAAAUAUCAAGUAUUUUGCUUACAUCAUGGACAAAAUGCUGACAUUUUCUUCCAGUGUAUGAACAAAAAUGCUGAAUACUUACCCAGGUGGCAUUUGCUGGAGUCCAGAGUGGCUCAUUCAUAGUUAGAGAUCAAGUCCAUGGAAAUGGACUUGAUCAGGAAAACUUUUUCAAGUUGACAGUAAAUAUACACUUUAAAUCCUCACCCAAGUUAUGUGCCCAUGCAACAGUGCAACACCAAGUCUUACCAGAAUCCUGGAAGGGAUUCCUCUGCCAAGCAUCGCAGUAUUGCAACGGAACAGUUGGCUAACCAGACUGCUCACAUGGGGGUGUGUGCAGGGUGACCUUUCACCCUGGAGAGCUGUUUUCAGUUCUGAUUUCAUUUCCAAGUGCGCUGAGAUUGGCAGUCACAUCUUGGUCCCUAGCAGAUGCUUGUUCAUGCCUCACUACUAGGGAACGUGAUUGCAGUGCGCUUCUUCUUUCAGGGCCAUUUGACCCUGGGAUCCUGAACUCUCAUGGCACCAUUAAAACCAGAAAACUCUCUUGGCCCUUCCUUUGUAAAUAGAGUGUCUCUGACUCUGCCCUGAACCCUAAAAAUAACCAGAUGCCGAGCUAGCAGUGGGCCAGGCUCUGCUCCGCUUUCUCCUGCCUGUUGUCUGAUGGGCGUGUGAUGUGGCUCACAUGAGAAAGGUGAACAGAGUUUGGCUCAGUGUCUGGCUCUGAAGCAGCUGUUAGCUCCUGUUCAGGUCUUUUACACCACACUAGUGCAGGGAAGAGUUGCAAGCAGUCUAUUAUUUACAGCUCCUAGAUCAGCCGAGUGCCCUUCGCUUGCUGCUGGGUCAGGCUGUUUGCUUUGAGUGGCAUGUCAUCGGGCUCAGUCAUGUGCUUUACUUCGAGAAGUGGGCUUUGGUUUCAUUGGGGCUCUCAGUUUCAUCUUUCCUAGCCUCUUGCUCUCAGCAGUCUCGCAUUUCCUUGUUCAUUCACAUGUUCGUUUUCUCGGCAGCCUGAGAUGGGCGGUGUCACAGUUCUGGAGAGACAGCACUGCUUUCUUCUGCGCAUCCUGCCACCGCAAACCUGAUUUCGUGCUUGUGUUGGGAGGGCUGCUGCUCGGACUGUGAGCCUCCCCGAGGGCGAAAGAACCCUCCCAGCCCCGUGAGCCAAGGUGCAUCAGUGUAAGCGAGGCCAUUGCUUGUUCCAUCCUGGGAACGGGCUAAGCACCAACCCACCUGGUGUAAACCAAGAGUAAGCGACUGGCCCCAAGAGCUACAGUAACUCCUCGCUUAACGCUGUAGUUCUGUUCCUGAAAAAUGCAACUUCCAGUGAAACGAUC